AAGGACUUGUGACAGCAUGUUGAUAUUUUGUGAAUCUAUUCCCAUGAUUAUUGUUAUAUGAUAUAUAGCAUGAGGACUCUGCUGAGGCUGAAGCGGGUAAUGCCAGAAGUGCGGUGGACCAUGUGGCAAAACAGAUCCUGGUCAAACUCUUCCAUCCAGAGACUGGAGUCAAACUCAUCCAUCCAUAAACAUCUUAUCUCCAAAAUUACUGCCACGGGUCCAAUUUCAGUCGCUGAGUACAUGAGGGAGGCACUCACCAAUCCAGUGGCGGGAUAUUACGUGAAAAAUGACAUGCUUGGAGCAGGUGGUGAUUUUAUUACGUCACCAGAGAUCAGUCAAAUUUUCGGAGAGCUGUUGGGUGUCUGGUGUAUCAGUGAGUGGAUGGCGGCUGGGAAAUCCAACACGUUCCAGUUAGUGGAGCUCGGACCAGGUAGAGGCUCAUUGGCCAGUGACAUCCUGAGGGUCUUCAGUCAGUUGAAAACUGUCCUGGGUGAGACGGAUAUCUCUGUUCAUCUUGUGGAGGUCAGCCCAAAGUUGAGCCAAUUUCAGGCUGAAUGUCUAACUGUUGAUAAUACACAGCCCAAUGAUGGUGAUCAGCCUGUUUACCGCAGUGGCACCACACGUACAGGCCUGCCUAUAUACUGGUACCGCAGGAUUGAGGACAUCCCAAGAGGUUUUAGUGUCUUCCUUGCCCAUGAGUUUUUUGACGCUAUACCCGUUCACAAGUUUCAGAGAACAGAGAAAGGUUGGCGGGAGGUGAUGGUUGACAUUGAUCCUGAAAGUCCAGAAAAACUGAGAUUUGUGGUUUCUCACAGUCCUACACUGGCCUCCAGCAUUCUUAUACAGAAGGAUGAAAACAGACAGCAUGUGGAAGUAUGUCCAGAAGGUGGAGUCAUUGUUCAGAAACUGACCAAUCAGAUUGCAGAGGACGGAGGUGCAGCCUUGAUUGUAGACUAUGGACAUGAUGGAACAAAAACUGAUACUUUCAGAGGCUUUAAAGGCCAUCAACUCCACAAUGUCUUGGAGGCACCUGGCAUGGCAGACUUGACAGCAGAUGUUGACUUCAGUUACCUGAGAAAAAUGACAGGAAAUGAGGUGACCUGCUUGGGACCCAUCACACAGAGAUCCUUCCUGAAGAACAUGGGCAUUGACUCACGCUUGCAGGUGAGAAUGACAACACUAAUGUGUGUUAAAUAA